AUGGCCAAAGCGAAAAAGACCGCCCCCAAAACGUCCGCGAAACCCUCCCCGAAGAAGCCGGCACGCAAGCCGGCGAAGGCCGCCACGAAGAACGUGGUGAAGAAGGCAGCGCCGAAGAAGCCAGCACCCAGGAAGGCCGCAAAGGCGGCCCCGAAGGUUGCCAGGCGCCCGGCAGCCAAGCCGGCCCCCAAACCCACACGCAAGCCCGUCGCCAAGGCCGCUUCGAAGAUCGCCCGCACGACGCGGCCGGCCGGUGCGCCCGACGCCAAUCUGCUGCACGACCUGCUGAAGUGGGCGAAGGAGUUCGGCGCCGACGCGGCCGACGCGCUCUACGUCAACGGCGAGUCGAUCUCGGUGGCGCAGCGGCUGGGCAAGCGCGAGAAGCUCGAGAGCAGCGAGGGCCGCGACCUCGGCCUGCGCGUCUUCAUGGGCAAGCGCCAGGCCUUCGUCUCCUCGACCGACUUCGAUCCCGCCUCGCUGCGGGAACUGGCGAGCCGCGCCGUCGACAUGGCGCGCGCCGUGCCGGAAGACCCGACCUGCGGCCUCGCGCCGGAGGAACUGCUGACCCAUUCGUGGCCCGACCUCGAUCUCGACGACCGGACGCGCCCGACGGCAAAGAAGCUGCUCGCCAUGGCGGGCGAGGCCGAGGAUGCGGCGCGCGCGGUGAAGGGCGUCACCAACUCAGAGGGCGCCGAGGCCGGCUGGGGCCGCACCUCGAAGGCGGACAUCGCCUACUACGCCCAUCCCAACAAGAGCGGCGCCGGCGAGAUCAACCAUCUCUACGGCGGCCGUGGCGUCUAUUUCGAGGAUCCCAACGGCCACAUGCUCGAGCUGAUCACCAAGCCCUACGGCGAUCAUCCGGGCUAG